UACAUCUGCUUCCUGUUUGAUUCAUCUCAGCAGAAGGCAGGCGCAGCUCAGGCUCGGCCCCCACUCCGUGGAGCUGUUUACAGCAGCCGCGUGUGGGAUUCCCAGAAAGAGACUCCAAACCGGACGUCCUGCGGCUGCAGAAUACCCAGGUGUCAGGAGCUAAAAAUAGCUGCCCAGCGGUGGCGGGGACAGGGGCGUGCCCACGGCCUCCUGCUCUGGGGCGCACAGCCGCCCUCUGCCUCAGUGCUCUGGGCGCUGUGGAUGCCCUGGUUAGAUGGCCGGCUGCUCACCUGACCACUGACCUCUGCCUGUGCCAGACGGGCGGUGCACGGCGGGUGGACUGGGGCGGGGGGCGCUUGUGCCCGGAGCCAGGCGGACGUGGUCUCUCCUGAAGCAGCCGCCCCGUGCCCGUGCACGGCGUGGGCACUGUGACCUGGGCCGUUGCGUUCAGUGGUGCUUGGGGCAGAUCUCCCAGGUGCCCCUCGGCCGCAGCAGGGCCUCCGUGGGGCUGGCUGAGUUCCCCGUGUUUGCCGGAGCCCUCGUGGGGCCCAUGUUUGGUGGGCACAGGUGGGCUGUGGCUGUGCACAGAGCCCAGCUCAGCCCCUCUCCAGUGAGCCUGGACGAGCUAGGGUCGCUGGACCUCAGUGCGCUCACCUGCGUGGGGGCUUGAAAACAGGAGCUGGCUCAGAGGCUGAUGACCAGCGUUAGAUGGGAGCCAAGUGAGCCAGGGCCCGCUACUCCAGUGCCCCCCAGCACAGGACAUGCCAGGGGGCUAGGUCUCCACUGGACAAGGCCCGCCUUGCCUUCACUGCAGUCCAUGUCCCCCCGGGGGCCUGCUCAGUGCAAGAUCCCAGCCUGGCGUGCGGCGACCCCACGCGGCAGAGAGCAUGGAAGGCAGGUGUCCUCUGCCCCCGUCGGGGCUGGCCAGAGGCCUACAGGCUGCCCCACACCCUGCACGGACACGCCCGGUCCUCAGCGGCAGCCCAUGGACCUGCGGGUGGGCCAGCGGCCCCCCGUGGAGCCCCCGCCGGAGCCUACACUGCUGGCCCUGCAGCCGCCCCCCCAGCGCCUGGGCCACCACCUCUUCCUCCCGGGCCUGCAGCAGCAGCGCGAGGCAGAGCCCAUGAGGGUGCCGGCGUCACAGGGGCUGCGGCAGGAGCAGGAGCUGCGGCAGCUUCUCAACAAAGACAAGAGCCGGCGCAGUGCCGUGGCCAGCAGUGUGGUGAAGCAGAAGUUGGCAGAAGUGAUCCUGAAGAAGCAGCAGGCGGCGCUGGAGAGGACGGCCCACCCCAACGGCCCCAGCACCGCCUACAGGACGCUGGAGCCCUUGGAGACUGACGGAGCCGCCCGCUGCCCGCUCGGGCGCUUUCUGCCCCCUGUUCCCGGCCUGCCCAGUGACACCCCCGAGCACUUCCCCCUGCGCAAGACAGUCUCUGAGCCCAACCUGAAGCUGCGCUACAAGCCCAAGAAGUCCCUGGAGCGCAGGAAGAACCCCCUGCUCAGGAAGGAGAGCGCCCCCCCCAGCCUGCGGCGGAGGCCGGCCGAGACCCUGGGAGACUCUUCCCCCAGCAGCAGCAGCACGCCUGCGUCCGGCUGUAGCUCCCCCAACGACAGCGAGCACGGCCCCAGCCCUGUCCUGGGCUCCGAGGCACUCCUGGGCCAGCGCCUGCGGCUGCAGGAGGCCUCUCUGGCGCCGUUUGCCUUGCCGACCGUGUCCCUGCUGCCCGCCAUCACACUGGGGCUGCCGGCCCCUGCCAGGGCCGACAGUGACCGCAGAGCCCAUCCGGCUCUGGGCCCUCGGGGGCCUGUCCUGGGGAGCCCCCACGUUCCCCUCUACCUGCCCCAGGGCCUGGAGCCUGAGGCUGGGAGCACCCUGUCCUCUGGCCUGCAGCCGGUUCUCCUCCUGGACCCCUCAGCGUCUCGUGGCCCCCUGCUGACAGUGCCCGGCCUCGGGCCCCUGCCCUUCCAGUUUGCUCAGUCCUUGCUGACCCCCGAGCGGCUCUCCGGGUCAGGCCUCCACUGGCCGCUGAGCUGGACCCGCUCAGAGCCCCUGCAGCCACACCUGGAGCAGCUCAGGCCUCACCUGCCGCUGGCCGAGAGGCCGGCCAAGCCCAGCGAGAAGCCCCGGCUCCGGCAGAUGCCCUCCGCUGAGGGCCCGGGGCCAGACAGCGGUGGGGUGCGGCAGGGCGUGGAUAAUGGCCUUGAACACAGGGAGCCGAGCCACGGGCAGCCGGAGGCCAGAGGCCCUGUCGCACCUGCACGCCCCCCGCAGGUGCUGCUCUGGGAACAGAAGCACCUGCCUGGACCACCGCCCCGGGGAGGCACGGGGGACUGUGUGCUGCUUCCUCGGGCCCAGGGCGGGCACCGGCCGUUGUCCAGAGCUCAGUCCUCACCAGCGGCGCCUGCCUCGCUGCCAACCCCGGAGCCCGCCAGCCAGGCCCGCCUGCUGUCUAGCUCAGAGCCCCCUGCCCGGACCGUGCCCUUCACCACAGGGCUGGUCUACGACUCCGUGAUGCUGAAGCACCAGUGUCCCUGUGGGGACAGCAGCCGGCACCCCGAGCACGCCGGCCGCAUCCAGAGCAUCUGGUCCCGGCUGCAGGAGCGAGGGCUGCGGAGCCAGUGUGAGUGUCUGCGGGGCCGCAAGGCCUCCCUGGAGGAGCUGCAGUCGGUGCACUCGGAGCGGCACGUGCUGCUGUACGGCACCAACCCGCUGAGCCGUCUGAAGCUGGACAACGGGAAGCUGGCAGAGCUCCUGGAGCAGCGCAUGUUCGUGAUGCUGCCAUGCGGCGGGGUCGGGGUGGACACUGACACCAUCUGGAAUGAGCUGCACUCCUCUAAUGCGGCCCGCUGGGCCGCGGGCAGCGUCACUGACCUGGCCUUCAAGGUGGCUUCCCGGGAGCUGAAGAAUGGUUUUGCUGUGGUGCGGCCCCCAGGACACCAUGCGGACCACUCCACGGCCAUGGGCUUCUGCUUCUUCAAUUCCGUGGCCAUCGCGUGCCGGCAGCUGCAGCAGCAGGGCAAGGCGAGCAAGGUCCUCAUCGUGGACUGGGACGUGCACCACGGCAAUGGCACGCAGCAGACCUUCUACCAGGACCCCAGCGUGCUCUACAUCUCUCUGCACCGCCACGACGGCGGCAACUUCUUCCCGGGCAGCGGGGCCGUGGACGAGGUGGGCGCUGGCAGCGGAGAGGGCUUCAACGUGAACGUGGCCUGGGCUGGAGGCCUGGACCCCCCUAUGGGGGACCCCGAGUACCUGGCUGCCUUCAGGACGGUCGUGAUGCCCGUCGCCCGGGAGUUCUCUCCAGACCUGGUGCUGGUGUCGGCAGGGUUUGAUGCGGCCGAGGGCCACCCUGCCCCCCUGGGUGGCUACCGAGUCUCUGCCAAAUGUUUCGGGUGCAUGACGCAGCAGCUGAUGAGCCUGGCAGGAGGCGCCGUGGUGCUGGCCCUGGAGGGUGGCCAUGACCUCACAGCCAUCUGUGACGCCUCGGAGGCCUGCGUGGCCGCCCUGCUGGGCAACAAGGUGGACCCGCUUGCAGAAGAGGGCUGGACGCAGAAGCCCAACCUCAACGCCAUCCGCUCCCUGGAGGCUGUGAUCCGUGUGCACAGCAAGUACUGGGGCUGCAUGCAGCGCCUGGCCGCCUGCCCUGGCUCCUGGGUGCCCAGGGGCCCGGGGACCGACGCAGAAGUGGAGGCUGUGACAGCACUGGCAUCCCUCUCUGUGGGCAUCCUGGCCGAAGACAGCCUCGCCUCCCCUCCCCUGCACAGGCCUACUGAGCAGCUGACGGAAGAGGAAGAACCCAUGAACCUCUGAGGCGCCAACGGCUCUGCUGCCUGCCCUGCCCUGCCCUGCCCUGCCCUUGGGACCGGGACCUCUCCCAGCCUCUGCUCCCAGGUCCCUGCAGGGCCUGGGCCAGGAGGGGGCAGAGCAGACCCCAGCACGCCUCAGGAUGGGACGGAGGACGGGCUGGGGCCCACCCAUAACCACUGUUCUCACCCUGCAGGCCCCAGACUGCACACAGCCCCACGCCCCACGCACAAAUGUGAACUUGGCCUCGGCCGGGAGCCCCUGUAGGCUCUGUAGCCUGAGGGCCCCGUCCCUGGGGGAGAGCCCUCCCAUCUCCGCGCCGUGGAGCCCACAGGUGCCCUGGGAGCUCUGCUUCCUGACCCAAUGGUGCCAAACCUUCAUCUCCCACAGGAGCACAGCGCAGCCCAGGGACCCUGUGAUCCGGGGCCUCCCCUGCCAGCUGCCGCUCCUGCCCCACGGGGCUGGCUCGGCUGAGGGCGAGGGGGCCUCCCUGCCAUCUUCAAGGCUUUCGGGGUCUAGGCCUGGGUCCAGGAAGGAAGGAGUGUGAGUGUGAGUGUGUGUGUGUGUGUGUAUGUGCGUGCACAGGCGCCGAGCGUAAGACAGUGAGUCUGUGUGUGGUGUCUCCCCCACUAUACCCUGUGCAUGUUUUUGUAAAAAAAAAGGAAAAAUGGAAAAAAAAUCUGAACAAUAAAUGUUUUAUUUGCUUUAAAAA